AUGGCUGCUCCGAGAGUCACGCACCCUGUUCCCCGGAGCCCCCCGGGACCCUCCCUGCUGCCCCAUUCGAUCCGCCUCGGCAGCUGCAGGGAGCAGGAGGGGCUGGCAAACCAAGGGGGAGAAUCCUCAGCUGGGAGUCUGGAGCAGGGGGACCCACACAGGACAGUUUGGGGAGAUCCUGGGAGACACAGCCCAGGCCAUACGGGCACCCGGGAAAAGAGCCAGGUCAGACAGUGUGAAUCAGCUCACCAGAGCAGAGGGGUUGGAAAAGUCAAAGAAACUGCCCAGCAGAGAAUCCUCACAGGAGACAGACCCAGUAUAUUUGGUGACUGUGGGAAUAGCUUCCCUGGGAGUUCAGCCCAUAUUACUCAGCAGACAAUCCACAUGGGAGAAAAACGCUAUAGAUGUGCUGAGUGUGGGAAAAGCUUCUCUCAGAGUACGACGCUCAUGAACCAUCAAAGACUCCACACAGGAGAGAAGCCCUAUAUGUGCCCCGUGUGUGGGCUCAGCUUUGUUCAGCUCUCACAAGUUGUUAGACAUCAGAGAAUCCACACAGGAGAAAAGCCCUAUACAUGCGUGACCUGUGGGAAAAGCUUCAGUGAUAAAUCACAUUUCAAUCAACACCAGAAGAUCCACACAGGAGAAAAACCCUAUACAUGUCUGACCUGUGGGAAAAGCUUCCGAUACAGUUCAGCUCUUACCACACAUCAGAGAAAACACACUGGAGAGAAACCUUAUAAAUGCCCUGAGUGCCAAAAAACAUUCAGUGACAGUUCAAUCUUUAGCAGGCAUCGGCGGGUACACACAGGAGAGAAGCCCUUCAAAUGUUGUGAUUGUGGGAAAAGCUUUGGCGAGAGCUCAGACCUUCUUGUACACCAGAGAGUACACACAGGAGAGAAACCCUAUAAAUGUCUGGAGUGUGGGACAAGUUUCAGAGUACCAUCAGCCCUUAUUGUGCACCAGAGAGUGCACACGGGAGAGAGGCCAUAUAAGUGCCUAACCUGUGGGAAAACAUACCGGUGUAGCUCACACCUUACUAAACAUCAGAGAAUCCACACAGGCAAGACAUCCUUGAAGUGCCCUGACUAGGGAAGGGCCAAGUGAAUAAUGUCUUUGCCAAUUCUCCUGAAACCUCAGAGCACCAGGCCAGGCUGGAGUGUCCAUGUGAUGUUAUUGACAUGAACUGGGACCAUAUACAUCAUUGUUGCAACCAAGAUCCUUUAGUGGCACCAGAUCUUCUCUAAAGGGGGUCAGAUAAGGUGUCUAAAACAAGGUUACGAUUGGCUGGUUAUGAUAGUGCUGUCUGGGUGCAUGUACCAUUUUUGUAUUUAAAGUUGUAAGUGUUGGCUCUAGACUGUCUGUAUUUCAAACUUGUGCUAGGCUUCUGGGUGACACCCCAGACAAGUUGGUGUCAGCUCUGCCUAACCUGCUUGGUGGCCCAUUAAGGACUAUCAGCUGCACAGUCGACCCAUUGAAAGAAGGCAGAAACGGCUUGUGACUCAGCAAGGUAUGCAGGGACAUGCCUAUGGACAGAACUCUAAGGUUUUUUGUUGCCAUGUGUCCCAGUGCUUGUCUUUGCAACAAAGAAAGAAAGGCCACAUGACAAGAGACUAUAAAAGGCUGCUGCAGCUCCUCCAUCUUGUCUUCAAUCCUGC